UAAAACAAAACGUACGUCACUUCUAUCAGACACAUAACAACACUGAAAUGGCGGCUGAAGGAGAUGGAGAUAUCGCUUCAAAGGAGCAACUUACAGCGGCACAGAAGCAACUUCUCAGCAAAAGACAAGAUCUCGACUAUUGGAAGAAAAACGCGCUAAAAAUACGUAGUCGCAACCGCAUAACUGGACUAGCUAUCGGGGCGUUUGUCAUCGGCAUGUUCAGCUACACGAUCCUCUCAGUGAAGCAGGAGAGGAUCAUGGAGGACAUUGAUAACGAGGCAAAGAUCAAUUACAUCAGAGGCCCCAGGACCGGGACCAACUCUUAGGGAUGUUCCCAGCUCCCUCACCUGCACAGGAGCUGAGCUCACACUGGACUGGACUGUCAAUCUGCCAUAAGCAACUGUGCCCAAAAGAUACACACUUGUUUUUGAAAGGUGGAGGCUCCCAUCAAUUUCUGUUAUUUCAAUAUGCAUUGUAGAGAUCGAUGUAACCUCGCACAUGCUCUAGACCUGGAUACCCUGCAAACUGGUUUCUGAAUAUAAUAUAACUUGUUAUAUAAUAAGAGGUUGUUUAAGAAUAUUACAUGGUUUGUGUCUUGUGCAACUAAUUGGCCUCGUAAUAUAGGAGAAAGCUUACGUGUUGGGCUAUUCCAUGAUAUUCGGAUGUUGUUAUAGAAUGAAAUAAAACGUAAAGCUGCAAUCAGAUGAUUAUUGUGUAAUAAAUGAUUCACUUACUUGA